AGAGGGGCGGGGAGAGAGAGGAGCGGGUGAUGCAGCAGCAGCAGCAGCCGGAGCUACUCGCUCACACAGAGCUGAUUUAUUCAUAAAGCUCGGAGAGAGACAGCGGAGACACGGCGGAAACACGCGUGGACACCGAGAGCAACCAGGAGGGAUCGGAGCUGCGUUUGAUGGGCAGCAGCAGCAGGGACGUUAUCGACUGAAGGAGAAAGCAGUGAGUGCAGCAGUGAAUCCACGGGCAGCAGAUGCAGCAGCAGCAGCAGCAGUGACACGUGUCGGUUGGUAUUGUUGUGAGGUCUGCUACUGGCAACCGCAGCGGUGGCCGUCAACUGUCGAAAGAGCAGCAAGAAGACGGCUUAAGAAGCAGGGAUAGAGGCAACUUUGGCAACAGCAGCAAGAGGGUCGGAAAAAGGUGCAGCCACAACACCAGUAGGGAGGGCUGCAACAGCGUUAGGAGCCGCAGCAGCAGCUGUAUCACUUGUAGCUUCAGUAACAUUACCAGUAACAUCAUUAUCAGCAGCAGCAGCAGCAGUGUUAGUACCAGCAGCAAAAAGCAGCAAUUGUAUUUGCUGCAGCAACAGUUCCAGGACUAGCAUCAGCAGCAUCAUUAUUGAGCGACAGCAGCCACAACAGUAGCAGCACUUUCCACAGCAGGAAGAGUAGCGGCAUCAUCAACAGCAGCAGGAUCAAUAGCCGCAGCAGCUUUAGUGGCAGGAGUAUUAUCAGCAUCAACAGCAGCAGUCUCAGCAGCAGCAGCAGCUAUCAUCAUCAAGAGCAGCAGCAGCAGCAGCUAUAGUGGCUGCAGUGUCAUCAACAGCAGCAGGAUCAGCAUCAGCAGGCGAUGGGCAAGCAGAACAGCAAGCUGCGGCCGGAGGUGCUGCAGGACCUGCGCGAGAACACCGAAUUCUCGGAGCACGAGCUGCAGGAGUGGUACAAGGGCUUCCUCAAGGACUGCCCCAGCGGCAGCCUCACGGUGGACGAGUUCAAGAAGAUCUACGGGAACUUCUUCCCGUACGGCGACGCGUCCAAGUUCGCCGAGCACGUGUUCCGCACCUUCGACGCCAACGGCGACGGCACCAUCGACUUCCGCGAGUUCAUCAUCGCGCUGAGCGUCACGUCGCGCGGCAAGCUCGAGCAGAAGCUCAAGUGGGCCUUCAGCAUGUACGACCUGGACGGCAACGGCUACAUCAGCCGGUCCGAGAUGCUGGAGAUCGUGCAGGCGAUCUACAAGAUGGUUUCGUCCGUGAUGAAGAUGCCGGAAGACGAGGCGACUCCGGAAAAGAGAACCGAUAAGAUCUUCCGGCAGAUGGACACAAACCAAGACGGCAAACUCUCUCUCGACGAGUUCAUCCGAGGAGCCAAGAGUGACCCCUCCAUCGUGCGUCUGCUGCAGUGCGAUCCCUCCAGCGCCACGCAGUUCUAGUGGCAGCUGCGGGGGUGGGGGGUGGGGGGUGGGGGGGGGGGGCAGCGGCGGCGAGUGGGGAGCGCAGGGGAGAAGGUGGACUCGCCAAACGCAUCGAUCGGGCCCCAUCAUGGGAGAGAAAGGGUCGGAGGUCAAGUCCUGACGACCCUCGCCCCCCCCCCGCUGCGGGGAUUCGGCAGUGCUGACCGUUACGCCUCCUCCGCCUUCUUCGCACACACACACGCAGCCGCUGAGACCAAGUGAGAGACAACAGGGGGAUGAGGGAGACACGGGGUGAGGGAGACACGGGGUGAGGGAGACACGGGGAUGAGGG